CCUGAUUUUUUUUUACUGGAUAUUUUCACUUUAGUUAUCCUAACAGGUGUUAUUAUUGUCCAAGAACUAUGGCUCCUUAUCACUGCCAAAAGCCUCGAGAGUAUUAAUUUACGUUACUUGUGAUUAAGGGAAGUACCUUGCCAAGCAAGUGUUUUGGAAACAUCAUCAACGGGUGGGCCGAGACGUGUGGGAGGAGGAGGCAACGUUCACCCAAAGCUAGCUAAGCUAACGCUAGACUGGCUAGCUAGACCCCAUGGUCUUUUUAAGCUAAACCCGCUUCGUCGCUGGCGAGAUCCUAGCCUGGCCAGCUUGCAACACACCCAAACAUGGAACACUAUCAUGAGUAUUCGUAGGGAAAAUAGUAUUAUUCUAUCAUAUCAGUAGCUGGCUAGCUAACGGUUCAGUAUGCCCAAUCGACGGUGUUCUUUGAAGCUUGAAGCUUUCGAAAUUUAUUGAUAGGAUAGCUAGCCAUACGGUUUUUCCUGACUAGCUAACAUAGCUAGUUAGUGCUAGCCUUUUCGCUGCAUCCCUGCCCAAACGAUGUGGACUGUGUCGGUAAUAUAUCAGUGACCAUAUCAGUAAGAUAGCAACCCUUAGUAUUGCAAUUUUAUUGGAGGAAGUUCAUCCGAACUGUACAUUUUAUGGGAUUCAUAUCGGCAAGACACAAGUGGGUCUGAGCAAACAUGGUGAAUUGGAGGCGGCUUCUGCGGGUGUCGAACCGCUCCUUUUUGGCCUUUAUCUUUUUCUUUUCAAUGUCCACCACAUGUCUCUAUUUCAUAUAUGUGGCUCCUGGAAUAGCCAACACCUACUUCUUCAUGGUACAGGCCCAGGGCAUCAUGUUAAGAGACAAUGUGAGGACCAUUGGCCAAAUGAUCCGAUUGUACACCAAUAAGAACAGCACCCUCAACGGCACAGAUUACCCAGACGGCAGUAACUCCAGUGAGUAUGUGGCCCAGCCAACCACAUACCUCCCGGAAAACUUCACCUACGCCCAGAACCUUCCCUGCCCAGAACGCUUACCUUCUAUGAAGGGUCCUAUGGAUGUGAAUAUGACCGAGAUCCCCAUGGAGCAGAUCGAGAUGAAGUUCUCCAAGCACCUGGACAUUCGGUACGGAGGCCACUGGAAACCAAAGGACUGCAAACCACGGUGGAAGGUUGCCAUACUGAUUCCGUUCCGAAAUCGCCACGAGCACCUGCCAAUCCUCUUCCAGCACCUGACCCCCGUGCUCCAGAGGCAGAGGCUGCAGUUUGCCUUCUACGUCAUCGAGCAGACCGGUAGCCAGCCCUUCAACAGAGCCAUGCUGUUCAACGUGGGAUACCGCGAGGCCAUGAAGGACAUGGACUGGGACUGCCUGGUGUUCCACGACGUCGACCACAUCCCCGAAAACGACCGCAACUACUACGGCUGCGGUCAAAUGCCUCGCCACUUCGCCGCCAAGCUGGACAAGUACAUGUACAUACUACCGUACAGCGAGUUCUUCGGCGGGGUGAGCGGCCUCACCGUCGAGCAGUUCCGCAAGAUCAACGGCUUUCCCAACGCAUUCUGGGGCUGGGGAGGGGAGGACGACGACCUGUGGAACAGGGUGCACUACGCCGGCCUCAACGUGACGCGGCCCGAGGGCGAGAUGGGGAAGUACAAGUCCAUCCCACACCACCACAGAGGAGAGGUGCAGUUCCUCGGGAGGUAUAAGCUACUGAGGUAUUCCAAAGAGAGGCAGCACCUGGAUGGCCUGAACAACCUCCACUACACGCCCCAGAUCGCCCUGAGCAGCCUCUACAAGAACAUCAGCGUUGACCUCCACCCAGACCUGGCCCCCAUCGCAGACUACUGAGCCCCGCCCCCAAACCUCUCCAUCUCCCCAUCACCCCAGAGGAACCCACCAUGGACUGGGGGGUGGGGGCUGG